AUGGCGCCGCGAGCUCAUGGCGGUGAUAAGAAAGCCGAUACCGAGCCGGCGAAGAAGAGCGCCGGCGGCGAGUACACGCUGCGCGAUAUUCUAGUAGGCGCCAAGCUCUUUGUCGAGAAGACCAACCCCGACAAUGGCGACGUGGAGCAACGCCUAGCAGAAGUGCUCUCCAUCCGGGAAAAGCGGCAGAACCGUUUGCAUAUGCUCCAGGAGAUGCAGGAGCAGGGCAAAGAUACCAUUGAGGAGAGGGAACCCGAGCUGGAUUUCUAUGUUCACUACUGUGAAUUCAACAAACGUCUUGACGAAUGGGUCCCCUCCGCCAAGCUGGUCUUGUCGCGGGAGAUGGAAUGGCCCAAGCCGCCAGAGCCCGCUGCGACCAACAAGAAUACCAAGCGCAAAGUCGUGCAGGGUACACCAUCUGCUCAAGGCACGCCUGCCCCUGCUGACUCACCUGUGCUCGCCUCCUCGACCGACGACGUGAAAAAGGAGCCGAGCGACGACACGUUCAGCAAGGAGAAGGAAGUCGAGAAACUCCGUACCUCGGGCUCUAUGACCCAGUGCUCCAGUGAGAUUUCGCGUGUAAAGAAUCUGAAUAUGCUUCAAAUGGGGCGCCACCAAAUCGAAGCGUGGUACUUUAGUCCCUAUCCAAUGGAGUAUGCGUACAUUGAUUGUCUAUACCUGUGCGAAAUGUGUCUUUCGUACUUUCCUUCGGAAUUCCAGCUGAACCGACACCGCCGCAAGUGUACGCUCCUCCAUCCGCCAGGCAACGAAAUCUACCGAUGCGAGGACAUUAGCUUCUUUGAAAUUGAUGGGCGCCGCCAAAAGACGUGGUGCCGUAACUUGUGUCUACUGAGCAAAUGUUUCCUGGACCACAAGACACUGUACUAUGAUGUGGACCCCUUCUUAUACUAUGUCAUGUGUCAACGCGACAACACAGGCUGCCAUUUGAUCGGCUACUUCUCCAAGGAGAAGGAAAGUGCCGAAGGCUACAAUGUGGCGUGUAUUCUCACCCUGCCGCAGCACCAACGCAGUGGCUUUGGUCGUUUGCUCAUUGAGUUUUCCUACGAACUCUCCAAACGUGAGAACAAGUUGGGAAGCCCCGAGAAGCCUCUAUCGGAUUUGGGUUUGCUAGGCUACCGCGCCUACUGGUCCGAAACCAUCGUCGAUUUGCUGCUCAAGACCGAGGAUGAAAUUAGCAUUGACGAUAUCGCGACCAAGACCUCCAUUCUGCAUGCGGAUGUGCUCCAGACGUGCCAGGCGCUGAAUAUGCUCAAGCAGUACCAAGGCAAGCAUUACUUGGUCCUCUCGGACGCCAUCAUCGAGAAGCAUGAGCGACAGAUGAAAAAGAAACGGCGGCGUAUCCACGCCGAGCAUUUGAAUUGGAAGCCGCCUGUAUUUACGCGUGAUCAACUUCGGUUUGGUUGGUAG